AGCUGGAGAAGCUGGGGCUGAGGGAUGACGUGGAUCUGCAUGUCUAUGAGGUCCCUGUUGAGUACCAGACCGUGCAGAGACUCAUUCCUGCCUUGUGGAAGAAGCACAGUCCCCAAGUGACUGGUGGUCCACGUGGGAGUGUCGGGCAUGGCCACCACUGUCACCCUGGAGAAGUGUGGCCACAACGUGGGCUACAAGGGGCUGGACAACUGUCGCUUCUGCCCGGGCUCUCAGUGCUGCGUGGAGGGAGGCCCCGAGUGCAUCGACUCCAUCAUCGACAUGGACGCUGUGUGCAGGAGGGUCUCGGCGCUGGGGCUGGACGUCACUGUCACCAUCUCCAAGGAUGCUGGCAGGUACCUCUGUGACUUCACCUACUACACCUCCUUGUACCAGAGCCGUGGGAGGUCAGCAUUUGUCCACGUGCCUCCUCUGGGAAAACCUUACUCUGCAGAACAGCUGGGCCGGGCCCUGCAGGCCAUCAUAGAGGAAAUGCUGGAUUUUUUGGAGCAUUCUGAAGACAAAAUCAAUUGUCAACAUGAACACUGAGCAGCCUGGCCAGGAGCUCUCCUAGUAUUGCACUUCUAAAAUUUUCCCUGCUCUGAUGAAGUACUGGGGAAAAGAAAAAACAAAACAAAACAAAAAAAAAAAAAAAAAAAAAAAAA